GUGGCCACAGAAUUCACAAGAACAAAAACGCACUCUUACUCUUUCGUUCUUCCUCUUCCUCUCUCUGCAAAGUGCCAUAGACCACCAUGGCAGUUUCUUCCUUAUCACCCCCAAGCUUCCAAGGUGCUCUUCUUCACAAAUCACACUUUCUUGGCCAAAACCACAUCAAGCUAUCAACUCAAAAAUCAAUCUCAACUUUAUGUCCCAAAACAAUCUCAAAUAAACCAACCAUUACUGCUAAGUUUGAUCUCUAUCAAAUAUUGGGUGGCAGAGGUUUAUGCAAUGGUGAAGCAGGCAUUAUAGAAGAGCUGAAAAAAGACACUCAAAACCCGCCACAAAAAAGCGAGGGUAGCGAAGAGGACUUCGAUAACAAAGCAAUUACAGCCUCGAACAUUGAAGAAAUUAUACCGGAAAAUGCAUUCGAGAAGGAGCUCUUAGGCUUAACUGGUGGAUUUCCUGGAGGCGAAAAAGGACUCAAGAAAUUCAUUGAGAAAAACCCACCUCCACCCAAGACUGAAAACAAACAAAAUGAAGAUAUGAAGAUGGUUUUGAGCUCUAAGAAGCCGAAACCACCUGAAUUGCCAUUGUUGUUGCCUGGGAUGAUUGCCAUUGUUAAGAACCCAAAUAAUCCGUACUAUAUGUACUGUGGCAUUGUUCAGAGGAUUACUGAUGGUAAAGCGGGAGUGCUGUUUGAAGGAGGGAAUUGGGAUAGGCUGAUUACCUUCAGGCUUGAGGAGCUUGAAAGGAGAGAGAACGGCCCACCAAUGACUAAUGCCAAGUCUGCUGUGCUUGAGCCUUUGAUUGAAAUGCUUGAAAAUCAAUCAACAUAAACUAGUAAGAAUGCUUCAGUAAGAUUUUUAGUGUGUUAUCUUUACUGCUGUUCGUGUAUUGUACAGAUCAGAAGCUGGAACUUACCCAUCUUUUCACUCAGUAAUAAGAACACCCAAGUAAAAAGUUUAGGUUGUUCUA